AUAGACAUAGACUUGUCCAUUUAACUACAAUAAUUGAAAACUAAAUCAUUUAUGUUUUCAUAAAUUAAGUGUAAAACAUCUUAACUAAAACAAUCUUUGUUGCGACCCUUCAACCGAUCAAUCGAUCAAUUGUUGCUGAUUUGAUUAUGAUCAUCAGUUAAUCAAUCAGGACUUUAGCAAUUUCCCAUUCAGCAAGUGAAACAUCAUGUUUCUUAUUUCCAUUUCAUUUUCAUGGAUAAAUCCUUAACUAAUCAAGUCAAGUAACACUUCCAUUGACUGUUGAAGAGCUUAUUCACUAUUUUUAGGUUCACCACUUUAUUCAACGGUUAAAAUAGUGAUCGAGCAAAAAAGUCAAAACAUUUCUAUCAAGUUUAUUUGCUAACGAAGCAAAUUGGACUGAAGAUGAGAUCAAAUUUACUCUGGAAGGAGCAAUUCAAUGAUAGAGAAGGUAGCCCAUUAUGCAUGUACGAUGUCGUUUUCAGUCCUGAUAAUAACCAUGUUGCUGCCACGGCUGGAACAAAUAUUUACAUUUACAACUCGAAAGAUGGCAUUUUGGUAACUUCAUUGAAGAACCACAGAGAAACGGUUUUAGCCUUAGCUUAUUCAUUAGAUGGUCGGCGAUUUGCUUCAGGUUCAGCUGAUAAACAGGUCAUCAUUUGGACAUCAAAAUAUGAAGGCAUUCUUAAGUAUUCGCACAAUGAAAGUGUCCGUUGUUUGCAAUUCAAUCCAAUAACUGGUCAACUGGUUAGUUGUGCCAAUCUAGAUUUUGGUAUUUGGUCUCCCGACCAGAAGUCUGUAAUAAAGCAUAAAAUAUCAUCUCCAAUCAAUUGUUGUGCUUGGUCGUCCGAUGGUCAUCACUUGGCUUUGGGAACAAAUGCUGGUUACAUUUCAAUCAGAUCAAGGGUUGGAGAGGAGAAACAGAGGAUUGAUAAAAUGAGUUCAAUGGCUGGAUCAAUUUGGGGAAUCACAUUUAUAACAAGCAAAGAUGAUGAGACAAUUACAUUUGCCACUGCCGACUGGUCCAAAUCAUUAACUUUUUUUGAUAUUUCUGGUAAACAACUUGGUAAAGAUCGUCCAUUAGGAUUCGAACCUUUAUCAUUACAAAGUUUUUCUAAUGGCGAUUAUUUGAUCAUAAGUGGAACCAACAGAGAAGCAAUUUUACACUCAAAAGAUGGAAUCACAAUUGGUUCCAUUCAUAAAGAUUCUGGUUGGAUUUGGGCCGCUAAACCUUCCCCUGAUGGAAGUAAAGUUGCAAUGUCCACUCAAAAUGGUAAUUUGGUUGUUUGUGAGCUGAUCUUCUCGACUGUCCACAGUCUGUAUAGAGAUAGAUAUGCUUACCGAGAAAACAUGUCAGAUGUUAUAAUUCAGCAUUUAAUCAAGGAAGAGAAAGUUCGCAUAAAAUGUCGAGAUCUGGUGAAAAAACUGGCAAUUUUCAAAAACAGAUUAGCUAUUCAACUUCCAGAAAGGGUUGUUAUUUAUGAACUAAUCUCGGAUGAUGCUUCACCCGAUGAUAUGCAGUAUAAAAUGAAGGACAAAAUAAACCAGAAAUUUGAAUGUACUUCACUGAUUGUUACUUCCAAUUGUCUGGUCAUUUGCACCGAAAAAAAGUUGCAAUGUUACUCUUUUAAAGGACACCUCGAACGUGAAUGGGUUUUAGACAGUCCAAUACGUUAUCUAAAAGCCAUUGGUGGUGCAGUUGGACGUGAAUCAAUGCUAAUUGGACUUAAAUCUGGACAAAUUGUUCAAAUAUUUAUAAACAAUCCAUUUCCAGUGUCAAUAGUAAAAAUAAACAAUCCAGUUCGCUGCUUGGAUUUGAGCAUGUUUCGUAAAAAACUGGCCGUUGUUGAUGAUAAAAAUAACCUUUACGUAUAUGACAUGUCAACCAAAGACCUAAUAUAUCAGGAAAAAAACGCAAACAGUGUGACCUGGAAUAGUCAAUUUGAAGAUAUGCUUUGUUUUUCUGGUUCUGGUAAUCUUUCAAUAAAAGCUUCUGAUUUUCCAGUUCAUCGACAACAAUUACAAGGAUUUGUUGUUGGAUUUUGUGGAGCCAAAGUAUUUUGUUUAAACCUCGAGACCAUAUCUUUCAUUGAAGUUUCCCAAUCAGUUUCAAUGUACCAAUACAUCGAAAGGCGUCAAUUCAAAGAAGCAUAUCAAACGGCUUGUCUUAAGGUAACUGAUUAUGAUUGGGAACAACUUGCUCAUGGAGCUUUGGAUGCGGUUGAAUUGGACAUUGCUAAGAAGGCAUUUACUCGAACUCGAAAUUAUCUCUACCUUGAACUUAUCCACAAUUAUCUUGUCUCUGGACUGACUUCCAACAAGUCAACAGAGAUUUCAUUUCUCGGUGAUGUUGCAGCUUAUAGAGGACAGUUUUCCGAGGCAGCAAAAUUGUAUAAGCAAGCUGGCCAUGAUGAUAAAGCUGUCAACAUGUACACUGAUCUAAGAAUGUUUGAUCAAGCUCAAGAUUUGGUGCGAUCCAGUGAUGCUGCUUACAAGAAACAAUUGGCUGUUAAAAGAGCCGAUUGGGUUCACAAUAUAAACGAACCUCGAGCGGCAGCAGAAAUGUAUCUUUCAGCCGGUGAUGUUACAAAGGCAAUUGAAAUAAUGGGUCAACAUGGUUGGAUUGACAUGCUUAUGGGUGUUAUCCGUAAUCUUGAUAAAGGUGACCAUCAUAAUCUGUCCCUAUGUGCUUCAUAUUUGAUCAAGCACAAGCAAUAUUUCAGUGCAGCUGAAGUUUACGAUAAAAUGGGCGAUCAUUUAAAUUUAGCCAAAGUUUAUGUUGAAUCAAAUCAAUGGGAAGAAGCGUUCAAAUUGGUUAAUCAAUAUCCCGAUAUGAAACAAAUUGUUUACCUUCCAUAUGCAAAAUGGUUAGCUGAAAAUGACAAAUUUAUUGAAGCUCAACAAGCUUUCCAUAAAGCUGGUUCAAUCAGUGAAGCACUGAAUUUCCUGAAUCAAUUGAUGGAGAAUGCAAUCAAUGAACGUCGAUUCAACGAUGCCUCUUAUUAUUGUUGGAUUUUGUCGACACAAUGUUUAGAGUUGGCUGCUUCUUCAUCACCCGAAUCCACCAAAAGAGCCAAACUGUUGGAUAAAUUUCACCAAUUUCAAACUCACGCCGACAUUUACUUCGCUUACCACAAUAUCCAUCGCUACAUUGAAGAACCUUUCACAUCAUUUUUCCCCGAUGCUCUUUUCUCAAUGGCUAGAUAUCUUUACCAUGAAACUUUACAACUUGAUUUACCUGGAAUAUCAAAAGUAUCAAUAUUAUACGCUUUUGCUAAACAAGGACGUAAUCUUGGUGCUUUUAAAUUAGCUCGAUUGAUUUAUGAAAAACUUCACUCAUUGAAGAUACCAAGUCGAUUUCAAGAGGCUAUUGAGAUGGCCGAUGUAACAAUUAGAGCAAAGCCAUUCAGUGAUUCAGAAGACCUUUUGCCAUUAUGCUACCGAUGCUCAACAACCAAUCCUCUUUACAAUAAUAAAGGUAACCAGUGUAUCAACUGUAGACAGCCUUAUAUAUUUUCAUUUGCAAAUUUUGACAUUUUACCUUUGGUUGAGUUCAUCUUGGAAGAUGGUUUGAGUGAAGAAGAAGCCCUGAAAAUAAUCAAUCAUGAAUCUGUUACAUUUAAAAGCCUUUUACAACCCAAAGUAAAUGUAAAAAGUGCAAAUGAAGGAGAAGGAAAUUGGAAGGAAGAAUAUAAUUCAGACUAUCAGGCUCUUCGUUUCGAUGAUAAUGAUCAACUUGAUGCAACCUCUUAUGAUCUUGAAACGGGGAUUGAACGAACUUCUUCAUGGGCUGAAGAUCCUUUCACCGAACAAAUGGCUACUUUUCAAGAAAGUGACCUCGAUUUUAAACCAAUUGCCGUUGAUGCUAAACUAUUGGCAACCAUUAAUCCUUCAGAUAUACUGGUUGUUAAAUGGCCAUCUCCAUUGAAAAUAAGGUUUUAUCGUAACUUAAUGCCAGACAUUCAGAUAUCUUUAUGUCAAUUCUGUUUCAGGUUUUUCCAUACAGAUGAGUUGGAGAUGCAAAUCCUUCAACAUGGCCAUUGUCCGGUUUGCCGUAACCAAAGUAAAUUAACAGGAAACAUUUGAAGCACUCUUUUGAUUACUUUAGCUUUAAAUGAUUAUUUGAUUGUCAACUCGAAACACUAACGUUGUAUAGACAUUCAUUAAAUGUAACCUGAAAAAGACUAAAACUAUCAAGCAAAAAUGUUAUUCAACUCUUGAAUCAAAUUAAGGUACAUUUUGAAUUUUCCGUCGGUUUUUAAUGGACAUUGGUGAAUAAAAUGCAAUUGAUAAUGA